AUGUAUGAAAAUUAUAAAUUGGAAUCUUACUGCGAUAUUUGUGAAGCCUAUGUGAAAGAAAAUACAAAGCAUUGUAAACAUUGUAAUAGAUGUUGUCAAGAUUUUGAUCAUCAUUGUAAAUGGGUAAAUAAUUGCAUUGGGGAUUUAAAUUAUAAAAUUUUUAUGAUGAUGGUAACGUCAACCAUGUUACAAUUUAUAUACACACUGGAUUGUUUAUAUCAGAAUUAUAAUAUUAUAUAAUACAUAGAAUGA